GUCAAUCACCAAUAUUUUUGAUUCAAUUUGACCCUCUUCCUUUUUAAUCAAUACUAGAGUAAUAAAAUCGGAAGUAUAUGAUUUUCCGUGGAAGAAACGCCUUCUCUUGAGAAAUAGAUCGCAGUUGACUUUAACUCAAGGAUAAUUCUUGCUCGCUACCGAAUGACUUCUAGUGAUAUUUCCCUCUUGCUAUUGACAUUUGCAAUUGGGACUGCAAGGGCAUGUCAAUCAGGAUGGGUUUCCACCGACCAAUCAUGUUACCUACUUUCGAAGACCGAAGCCACCUGGGAGGAGGCGAGAGCAGCAUGCUUCCAGCUGGAUGCUAAUCUGGUGGUCAUUGACAAUCCCGUGGAGUUCGCCCAGCUUUCUGCAAUAUUGAAUCAACGCGGAGACCACGCACCAAGAUGGCUUGGAGGAUAUUUCUUGCCACGUCUUCAACCGUAUUGGUUCUGGGAUGAUGGUUCAAUAAUCCCCCGACAGCAGUACUGGACAAGACACAAACCACCUCACCACAGCACCGUACAGGGCAGGUGUGUUUCUCUUGCCUCCCGCCAGGAUAGGAGGCUGGACAAUGAUGGCUGCCUGGUGAAGAAGAAAUAUGUGUGUGAGAGAAAUGGUCAUUAUCAAUACCUGACCUGGUGCAACGGAGACGCAGCCGUGAAACUUACCUGCCCUCACAACCAAGUUAUCAAGAUCGUUAGCUGGAAAGUUGCUCCCUCCAAAUACCACAAGAGCUGCAAGGUUUAUGAUCAAGCCACUGCGUAUCAUAAUAAGCCGACCCAAGGAUUCAGAGAUGUCGUGGCCUUGUGCAACAUGAAGAAUUCAUGCACGUUCAAGUUUUGGUUCGUUGAGAUG